AUGGACCUGCCUCUUAGAGCCCCAACAAAGAUGACAGCGAAAGGUGUUCCUGGUGCCUUUCCUACAGUGGAUGUCCCAGACCAUGCCCACUACACAAUUGGAGCAGUCAUUCUUAUUGUGGGGAUCACAGGAACUCUGGGUAAUUUCCUGGUCAUCUAUGUUUUCUGCAGGAGUAGGACCCUUCAGAAGCCAGCCAACAUAUUCAUCAUCAAUCUAGCUGUCAGUGACUUCCUUAUGUCCAUUACGCAAUCUCCAGUUUUUUUCACCAACAGUCUCCACAGACGCUGGAUUUUUGGUGAGAAAGGCUGUGAGCUGUAUGCCUUCUGCGGAGCUCUUUUUGGCAUUACAUCUAUGAUCACUUUGAUGGUGAUUGCCUUGGACAGAUACUUUGUCAUCACAAAACCUCUGGCUUCUGUUCGAGUGAUGUCAAAGAAGAAGGCCCUAAUAAUCCUGGUAGGAGUCUGGCUGUACUCUUUGGCUUGGAGCCUCCCACCCUUCUUUGGAUGGAGUGCAUAUGUUCCCGAAGGUCUGCUGACUUCCUGUUCCUGGGACUACAUGACUUUCACACCAUCAGUCCGCGCCUACACAAUGCUGCUUUUCUGCUUCGUCUUUUUCAUUCCUUUAAUUGCUAUCAUAUACAGCUAUGUCUUUAUAUUUGAGGCUAUCAAGAAGGCAAACAAGUCUAUACAGACAUUUGGAUGCAAACACGGAAAUAAAGAGUUACAGAAACAGUACCAGAGGAUGAAAAAUGAGUGGAAGCUGGCCAAGAUUGCACUGAUUGUCAUCUUGCUUUAUGUCAUUUCCUGGUCACCAUACUCUGUUGUUGCCCUGGUAGCUUUUGCUGGGUAUUCACAUGUUCUAACACCCUUCAUGAAUUCAAUACCAGCUGUGAUUGCCAAAGCUUCUGCUAUCCAUAACCCCAUCAUUUAUGCCAUCACUCACCCGAAAUACAGAGCAGCCAUUGCAACAUAUGUUCCCUUCCUUGGAUCCCUGCUGAGAGUUUCUCCAAAAGACUCACGAUCUUUCAGCAGCUAUCCCUCCUCCAGACAAGCCACUGUAACCAGCCAGUCUUCUGAGACAAGUGGGCUGCAGAAAGGAAGAAGGCGACUAUCUUCUCUCUCUGAAAGUGAAUCAGGCUGUACUGAUAUGGAAACCGAUAUCACCAGUAUGAUCUCUAGUCCUGCUAGCAGACAGGUCUCCUAUGGAACAGGCAAAGACACAACCAAAACUAGUAACCUAAGAACCAAACCUAAACUGCAAAGACAUCAUUCUGGGAUUUUUGAGAAGGCAGCUGUAGAUGCUGAUGACAUACCAAUGGUAGAAUUGAAUGUUGCAGAGUAUUCCGCUGCACCUACUUGCAAGACAGCACAAAAACGCAACAUGGAGGAAAUACAGAGAGGUGAGUGCCUGAACGGUAUUGGACCAAGAAAAGGAGAGCCUCGCCAUAGACCAUCUGCAGCCCAGGUACCCAGCAUUAUAGUAACAUACAGCAACGCGCAAGGUAUAGAGCUUCCUUCUGGAUACAGGUCUGGUUUCCUAAGCCCUAAGAUCAAAAGCCACAGGCAGAAUAACAACUUCAAUAGCUGA